CCUUCUUUUGUUGUGCUGGGAAAUGUGCAUGUUUCAUAUUCUUUUCAUAACUGGUUUUGUUUAUUAAGUCCCCUUCUGCUGGACGAGCUGCCACCUCGAAAGAGAGCAAUAAGGCAGUUCCGAUUUUCCGCCACUGAAAGCGGCUCGCUUUGAAUUGUGAAGCAAUGGCUUCGAUUAAAUAGCUCGUUUCAAAGGAUGCUUUAUAACUCAGAACAGACAAGCUGCAGCGGCUGCUGCUGCACUUUGACUAGUAAAAUUGUGCUCGUGGUUUUCAUGAUCCUGCUCAUUGUUGCUAUCAUGUUUGGAAACUCAGUGACUCUGGCUGUUAUCCUGCGGACGAAAUACUUCCACACUCCACAGGGUUACCUAAAGGCUUCCCUUGCCGUCGCUGACCUCACAGUGGGCGCCUUUGUGGUGCCUCUCUCUGCGUACGCAGAACUAUCAUUCCUGAUUAACGGAUCGCCGGCGAAAUGGACUACAGUAAAUUCACUGAUCGCCACUUUCCACCCAUGCAGUUUCAUCGGUCCGAUAUUUGCGGGCUGCACCUUGGUGUCAAUCACAACAAUCUUCUUUCUCACGAUCGAGCGCACCAUUGCCGUCCUGAAACCGCUGCACCGCGAAGCAGUGAUCACCAGGAAACGGACAAGCAUUCUCAUCCUGCUCUCCUGGCUGGGAAGUUUCUUCCUAGCCGUGUUUCCAGUUCUUUAUAGCAAGGAAAUCGUGCUAGAAUACAACCCGUGCAGUCGAAUGUGCAAUUACGCACUGAGGGCUGCGACGUUUCCCACCCAAGCUUGGAACAUACUCCUCCUGUUUCCCGCUUUCGAUUUCACUCUCCUGUCAGGCACAGUGGCGAUCAAUAUCCUUUCGUUCUCCACCAUCAGGAUGCACUCCAAGCGAAGGCAGCAUCUGGCCGAAUCUGACUGCCAGCGAGUCACUGGACCCACUUUCACCGACAUCAAGGCAGCAAAGACCAUAGGGAUGCUCACCCUCGCUUUCACUGCUUCCUUCACACCGAUCGCAGUCUUCGUCGUGGGAAAUGUAGCCGGGAAGGAGUGGUGCAAUUUCUCGUUUUUUGCCUUUUGGAUAUUGACAGCCAACAGUUGCUGCAACGUUAUAAUAUACAGCGUAAGAGACCACAAGUUCAGGCACCGCGCUCAUCAGCUGCUGGUGCCGCUCCGGAGAAAGAGCGUGACGAAGACUUAGAAACUCAGUGGAUGUUUACAGAAAUGCGUGUUAUCUAAAACGGAGAUAAGCACUUACGAUUUUCUUUGUCACGUUUGAAAGUUAAAAUGCCGAAAAGAUUAGUAGCUACAGUAGGGAAGGGGAAAAUGACAGUACCUUAUUCAAACACCAUCUUUAUCAGCGCAGGAAUUUUUGAUCUCAAGAGGAAAUUAAAUUAUUAAUUGGGAUUAGGAGAAAAGUGUAAAGUUUUGUUACCAAAGAAGGUCGUCAUUAUACCCGUAAUACUGGCAUACUUUUAGUGCAAUGCCUCUACAGCGGAUGUAAGAAAAACUUUUUUAAUACAGCUUUUGUGUUUGGAUGUGCUUGU